AUGAAAAAGCGUAUGAACGCAAAUUUCCUUAAUGGAGUUGUUAGUGUUUUGGAACAAACAGAGCAAGAACUUACAAAUUCAGCAAAAAAGAUUUCCAACCUUGAAGAAACAGUUGAACAGCUUCAAUCACAACUUGAAGUUGUCAAAUAUCUUAUCUCAGUUGGAGCUAAUAAAGAAGCAAAGAAUAAAGAUGAAUGGACUUCACUCAUUCUUGCAUCAUCUAAUGGCCAUCUUGAAGUUGCUCAAUAUCUUAUCUCAGUUGGAGCUAAUAAAGAUAGAAAGAAUAAAGAUGGAUGGACUUCACUCAUUCUUGCAUCAUCUAAUGGCCAUCUUGAAGUUGCUCAAUAUCUUAUCUCAGUUGGAGCAGAUAAAGAAGCAAAGGAUAAUUCUGAAAAUACUCCACUCAUUCUUGCAUCAUGA